AAAAAAAAAGGAUAAUGAGAUCCAUUACACUACGCUGAUUUGAUUCCUCGUUACAAUCAAGAUCACUGCUCUAGAUUCAAUUUCAUUUCCAUCCUUUUUCCCUUGAUUUCUCCCCCUCUUUUUCGUCCUCUUCCCCUUCAUAUACACACUAUAGAAAUUCCUGUAAAGUACACAUAUAAUAUACAUAAGUAGCAACAAACAGUGAGCCAAAAAUGAGGCCACCGAGGACGCUGAUCCAUGUAGUGUCAACAUGGGUACGGAGGCAGCCGCCAAAGAUGAAGGCUUUCCUGGCGGUGGUCAUUGGAAUGGCGGCUCUUGUCCUCCUCCGGGCCAUUGUCCACGAUCAUGACAACAUCUUCGUCGCCGCCGAGGCUGUCCACUCUAUUGGAAUUUCAGUACUAAUCUACAAGCUCAUGAAGGAAAGAACUUGUGCUGGGCUUUCACUUAAAUGCCAGGAGCUAACAGCUAUCUUUUUGGCUGUUAGACUUUAUUGCAGUUUUGUCAUGGAAUUUGAUAUACACACACUGCUCGACUCCGCUACAUUGGCUACGACCUUGUGGGUUAUUUAUACGAUUCGAUUUAAAUUAAGGUCAAGCUACGUGGAGGACAAAGACAAUUUCGCUAUAUAUUAUUUGGCUGUCCCUUGUGGUAUUUUAGCUUUACUCAUUCACCCUUCGACGUCACAUCACAUUGCCAACAGGAUUUUAUGGGCUUUAUCUGUUUACCUGGAAGCUGUUUCCGUGCUUCCUCAGUUACGUGUCAUGCAAAAUACGAAGAUUGUUGAACCAUUUACAGCUCAUUACGUAUUUGCAUUGGGUGUUGCAAGGUUUUUGAGUUGUGCCCAUUGGGUUCUCCAGGUUAUAGACAGUCGUGGCCAUUUGCUGAGUGCAAUGGGUUACGGGUUGUGGCCAUCGAUGGUUCUUAUAUCGGAAAUUGUUCAAACCUUCAUCUUGGCAGACUUUUGUUACUAUUAUGUAAAAAGUGUUUUUGGAGGACAGCUCGUUUUACGCCUUCCUUCUGGAGUCGUGUAACUAGCUACUGUACAAGUUUUGCUUAUAUUCUAUCUCCUGCGCUAAAAUGUGGCUGAUAGACCAUAACGAUGUCAAUUCGAGCAAGCCGAACGCAAAGUAACCGGUUGAUUUAACAAUUUGCUGGCUUGUGUAUGUACUAUUUGUUAGUUUUAGUUUGCAUCAGUUGAAUGAAAGCUCUUGACUUGGAAUGUGAUGCACGUACGUGAGGUGAGGUGACAAAAUUGAGGUCUCUGGCUAUCUUUGCUUUUGUAUAUUACAUUAAAGUCCGUUUGAUUGCAAAAUGGAAUUUGGAUGGAAUGAAAACGAAUUCUAGGGAAUUGAAUUGCCCAUAACUUGUUUUAUUAGGAAUUGUCUAUUAAAUGUGUUUAAUUGGUAU